AUGCUUUAUCUGGACACUAGUUCGAAUGAAUCUGAAGAGGAUGAUGAUGAAGAUUGUGAAUAUUUAGAUGAAUCGUCAGAUUCUUGUGAAGACGACAUUCCUGAUCCUAAGGAUACCGAAUUUAUGGCAAAUAUGAAGGAGGAACCUGGUAGUGAUAGUGGAACUACUGCUGUCGUAGCAAUUAUACAUGAGAAGGAACUUUACGUAGCCAAUGCUGGUGAUUCUCGGUGUGUUCUAUGCCGCAAUGGCAAAGCAGUAGAUAUGAGUAUUGAUCACAAGCCGGAAGAUGAAUCUGAACAAAGUAGGAUUACAAAAGCUGGAGGAAGGGUGACCUUGGAUGGAAGAGUUAAUGGCGGUUUAAAUUUAUCUAGGGCCAUUGGAGAUCAUGCUUAUAAACAGAAUAAAAAUUUACCCGCGGCAGAGCAAAUGAUCACUGCUUUACCUGACGUUCAACAUAUUACUUUAACAAAUGAAGACGAGUUCAUUAUAUUAGCUUGUGAUGGCAUUUGGAAUUACCUGAACAGUCAGGAAACAGUCGAUUUUGUUAGAUCAAGAUAUAGAGAUGAAUUGAAAUUGUCGUGUGUAAUAGAGCAGCUUUUUGAUCACUGUUUGGCACCAAAUACAAUGGGUGAUGGUACUGGUUGUGAUAACAUGACAGCAAUCAUUAUUAGUUUACAACAAUUACACGGGGACAAUAAAAAGCUUCCUGAAAAAAUUAAAAAUGAUUCAGAUGACGCUCUAAGUUCUAAAAGAGCAGGUUCUCCUCAAACAACGGAACAAGAUAGCAAAAAAUUCAAAUCUGAAAAUCAUCGAUAGCAUAAAGUUGAACAAUUAAGCUAAAAAAUUUAAUUUAC